GCUUGCUGCACCACGUUGCUUGGCCAAAUUCGCGCCACGCCACGCCCGCACCAACAAACACACGCGCAGCAUCAUCGACCGACUUUCCUCACCACCUGGCCUGCUUCAACUUCCCGCGUGGCGGCUUCCCGUUGUCUUGUCUUGUCUCCCAAAAAAUUCCGCGGAAAUUAUCACAGCAUCCAAGAAUCUCCUUUUUGCGGCAAGACACCUUCACGAAGACAAUGAUACGCAUUGCCUGACGACCUGGAUUUUCUAUUUUAUUUAUUUUAUCGCUCGCCGCCCUCCCUUGCUGGCGUUGACCGUGAACGGCGGCAAGACAACCUUUCACCCUUACCACGCCACAUCUCCUCCUAUCCCCCCCCUAAACCAGCGUCUACACCAUCGGCACGGCUUGCUGCGACGACUGCCUUUUCUUCCCAAGCCAUCGACAUCGACACAGGCUCUUUAGACGGCCAGAUUGCCUUUGUUUAUUCGCCCCGCUUCAACCACCACAACGGCCAUUGUCAGCGUCACGGCUACGACGACCCCAGCCUCUUGUGCAAGCACCGUUGCGUUUCCAUAACUGACUGUGCAACUUUGUCGAGAGUCGAUUUAUUUCGCUACUAGACACGACUUCUCUGCUGUUUUUUUUUUGAUACCCCCCUUCUCUCGCUGUGUGCACGUCGUACGUCCCAUGGCCCAAGAACGGCGAUAACUAUUACCUCGCAACCACGCACCACGGAGCAGCGCUCAAUACAUAGACGCUUCUACAGCCGGUGAUACACAUAAUUCAGCCAUGGCGCCGAAUCCACCGCACCCGGCAACGUCUGCCGGGCUCUUCCGCCAAUUAAUACACUACCACCUCGACAACUCUGCUUACGACAACGCCCUCUUCUUUGCCGAACGAUAUGCCACGCAAGACCCGCGGUCAGGCGACGCUCGACAUCUCUACGCCCUCAGCCAUUUACGAUUAGGUGACAGCCGCUCUGCAUAUGACGUGAGCAAGCCGAUGGGAUACCGCGGCAUCCAUCUGGGAUGCGCAUGGGUAUUCGCACAGGCCUGCUACGCGUUGGAGCGCUACAAGGAUGGCAUCACAGCGCUUGAAAACGCCAAGAACCAUUGGAGCUCGAAAAAGAAUAUUGGAAAGCACAGCUCGACAACGAGAGCAGCCUUGCCAGAUGCACCGGCUGUUUUAUGUUUGCUUGGUAAGCUGCAUCGCGCCAACGACGACAAGAAGAACGCCAUCAGCUGCUUCGAGGAAGCCCUCAAGCUAAGCCCUUUCCAAUGGAGCGCGUUCACAGCCUUGUGUGAUAUGGGCGCCUCUGUUCGCGUGCCAAAUACAUUUCGCUGCAAUGAAGCUGUUCUGCAAUGCUUUGACCCUGAUUCCAUGGUGGAACCAAAGAGCACCACGUCGGCGACUGCUGGCGAAAGCAUCCUCAAGAAGAACUCAUCAUUUCGAAAUAUCACAUCAGAACUGGGCCAUGACCCGUUUAACAUUAGCUUCCCCACCGAUAGUGCCAUCACAGAUGUCAUCCUAGACGCACCCGAAAACGACUUCAUGACCAAGAUUCAAAACGCCCGUCUUCGAAACGGAACUAAUACUAAUCAGCCGCUGUUUGACGGCAUGGAGACACCACCUGGCCCUUCGACUGCGGAGUCGUUUAAUCGACCAGCUGUGCAUGGACAAGAGGCACCUCAAGCACCGCCUAGAAGGAUACGAACCCUCCACAGCAUGGAGAGUGAAACAGAUGCGCCGCCGCGAAUGAACUAUAGGCUGGGUACCAAGAAAUCGACAAGGACUCUGGAUAAAGACCAUGAUCAGGCGAUUGAACCCAUGCAGGACGCACCUGGCGUUAGUGGUGCUGGUGCUGCAGCAGGUACCGCACGAACCAACCCGGCUGUCGCACCGGAUAGAAAACGGACGCUAUCUGGCCACCCCGUUGCCCGCUCUACUAAUGCGGACGAACCGAUGACAAGACGCAGCGCUAGACUCGGCAUGUUUAAGCCAUCGGCAAGAGCGAACUCGGGAGCAGCAACAAUUGGAGCAUCGGCGGGCAGAGAACUCAAGAAGGCGAGACCGCCCAUCUCCCGCAUUAUUCGCCCCGGAUCUAGUGGAUCUAGCGUUGGACGUGUCGUAAGUGGCAACAGGAAGCCGCUGGAGCACAAUGCCGACGUAGACCACGGUGAGACCGCUCGCGUUCGUGGACCAUCGUCUCAGACAUCGCAAUCAUCGCAAGUGACGACAACCAAGGUGACGGUCGAGAAUGAAGCAGCAAGGUUGGAGGACUCCCUUAAGUGGAUUCUCGACAUUAUGAAGAAGCUCGGUAACGGCUACUACGCAUUGUCCAAGUUCCAAUGCCAAGAGGCCUUGCAGUACUUCCAAGCGGUACCCCUCACUCACCAGGGAUCACCAUGGGUUCUGGCUCAGAUUGGCCACGCGCAUUACGAGCAGGGCUCUUAUGCCGAAGCCGAAAAGUCGUUCCGAAAGAUGCGUGUGCAAGCACCAUCUCGCCUGGAGGAUAUGGAGGUGUACUCGACGAUUCUUUGGCACCUCAAACGCGAGACUGAUCUCUCGUUUUUGGCCCACGAACUUGUCGACUCUGCAUGGGAUUCACCCCAAGCAUGGUGUGCUCUCGGCAACGCCUGGUCGCUAACCCGAGACACAGAGCAAGCCCUCAAGUGCUUCAAGCGCGCGACGCAGCUUGAUCCCAAGUUUGCGUACGCCUUUACAUUGCAGGGCCACGAACACGUCACAAACGAAGAGUAUGAGAAGGCGCUGACUGCCUACCGCCAGGCCAUUUCGGCUGACAAGCGCCAUUACAAUGCAUACUAUGGCAUUGGCCGUGUACAGGAACGCCUCGGUGUCUACGACAAGGCAUACCUGCACUUCCAAGCUGCGCAGACAAUCAACCCUAACAAUGCGGUUCUUAUCUCAUGCAUCGGUACCAUCCUGGAGAAACAGAAGCAAGUGCCACUUGCGCUCCGCGCCUACACUCGAGCUGUAGAGCUAGCACCCAAGGCUGCAUCAACACGAUACAGCAAGGCGAGAGCUCUCCUGGCACUUGGCCAGUUUGAGGAGGCACAAAAGGAGUUGAUGAUUCUCAAGGAUCUUGCGCCAGACGAGGCGAGGGUACACUUCUUGCUGGGCACUCUCUAUCGUAACAUGAACGAGAAGCAGCUUUCUGUGCACCACUUUACGGUGGCUCUGUCGUUGGAUGCCAAGAAUGCGCAGAAGAUCAAGGAGGCUAUCGAAAGCUUUGAAGACGAAGUUGUCAUGGACGACUCGAUUAUGACGUGAUGCAACUACGAGUGACGAGUUUAAUAGUUUGUUUGACGUGAUGAGAAGCAGAGCGUCGAAUCAACAGAGCCCUAUGCAUUGGCUUAGCGACAACUACAGAUCAAGCAACGAGCGGCUUUAGGGUGGACCACCACCAUUAUUUUUUAUUACCGGAGGGGAGUAGAGCAAGUGUAUUUCUACAACGAUACCACGGGAGUUGAAGGGAAGUAGAACAAAGCAGUAGAGGCGGACGACAAGGUGUAACUGGCAUAGUUGCAUGGACAUCGGCGUUACUUGGACAUUUUUGAAUUUUCUUGGGCAUCAUCAUGUGUGUUGGAAAGCAGCAUUGGACGAUUCAACGGCGUUUGGUCUUUGUUAUUUUGACUUUAACGACGUUGAAUGAGUACGACGAGUGGCAUAGAAACAAAGUAUAAGCCUCCAACCAAACGUGUAUAAUACAAUGGUUUGCUGCAUAACCCUUUUCUGUCGUGCAUAAAAUUGUGAAACACCGUAGUCUGUUAUGCACACACUACUUUUCCCACGGAGACGAGGUA